GUUUAGGACUACGCAAUGUUAUGUUAUUUCGGCGGAGAUUACAAUGCUAGAGACCAACUUUACGAGAGCAGAGGAGAGGAAAGCUAGAGGCCGAGCCGGAUACACGAAGAAUAGGUUGGGAAAAUAAUAGAGAGGGCGAGGCGCUAUGAAAGAGGACGGCCAGGAAACCCCUAAAACUUCUUCGAAUUCCAAGUCUCGUGGGGCGGUUCGAUCUGUCGACACGUAUGCCGCACAAUGCCAUAAUUGCAUGAAAUGGAGGGUGAUGGCAACUGAAGAAGAGUACGAGGAGGUCAGAUGCAAGAGCAGCUCUGUAAAAUUUACUUGUGAAUCGAAAGAAGGCCUCACUUGUGAUACCCCAGCUGAUAUAGAGUAUGAUUCAUCCCGGACUUGGGUCAUUGACAAACCUGGACUUCCCAAAACCCCAAGGGGUUUCAAGAGGUACUUGGUGCUUAGGCGAGAUUUCUCCAAGAUGGAUGCCUACUAUAUAAGUCCUACCGGAAAGAAAUUCCGUACGAGAAAUGAGGUCGGUGCUUUCAUAGAGGCGAACCCGGAGUACAAAGAUGUAAAGCUCGAUGACUUCAAUUUCACAUCUCCCAAGGUUAUGGAAGACACUAUACCGGAGGAAGCACUGAAGAAGGCGACUACUGCUGCCAGUGGCAAUGGUGGCAGUAACAAGAGAAGUAAGAUUGCAAAGGAAGAAGCUUGAGUGCUGCAGAGGUUUCGACAGGGAGGGGGUUUCUGGCAUGGUACUUUAUGUUUUUCCUCGGAGUUUGACUACGGCUCUGUUUAUGUAGAAUGUGCAUUUCUCCUUCGGUUGAAUGUUUGAAGUGUGAAUGGAUUCUGUUUGGCUGACCUCUUAACUCUUUAGAUGUUUGUACUCUGUAAUGAAGUGUCCUAUGUGAGCCUUCGGGUCUGUUUCCUUAUUGAGUGUCUGGUUUUGUCAUGAAGUGGUUGAGUAGCUUCUAAAUUCAUUGGCAUAGGUUGAGGGUCGUACUUCUCUUUUCUGUUCUAAGAGCUAUUGCAUGUCCUGGUGUUAGUUUGUGGUAGUUACAUUGGGAGCAUUACACUUAUUAGUAUAA